UGGAGGUAAUCAGGGGCUAAGCAGACCGGAGCGGGAAGUAGGGGUAGGGAGGAGCUUCCUUGAGCUCCUUCCUUUGAUGAUCCCCCAACUUGUUCCGCAGGACCACAUGACAGUGUCCCUGCUCCCCGAAAAUACUAAAUCGCAGCGAACCGGAAUCUCUACUCUCCUCACUGGGGCUGUUUCUUAAUUCCUACACCAUUCUAGUUAUUUCUCUAGGGUUCCCUUUUUUUCCUAGCCCACAGGGGUCCUGGGAAUGGGAAAAAGUCUCAGGAGACCGGGAUUAGAAUCCUGGAAUACCUUGGCAUUCAUUCGAUUCAAUCCCAGUCAGUGAGUGAUUGCCCUGACACAUUUUACUUCAUCUCUGCCAGAGUCUAGGACCUGUGUCCUGACAUCUCUUCCCUCAAGGGAUGGCAUAGAGACGGAGCGUGCCAACCCGAGGUGAAUAGGGUUGAUACAGGUUCCAGGGACUCUGGGGUGGGCCCAUGCUGGGCAUGAGACCUCUCGGCCACAGAACUAUAUUUCCUGGUUCCUACCUGGGCCAAAAGCGACACCUGAUCCUGGGGAAUUGUGAAAUGGAAUGAGGUGGCAGCCGGACCUCUCCAUCCUCUUGCCCCCACCCAGUCCCCCUCCCCUCGGCUGGCCCUCUCCCCGCCCUCGCCUCCACCCAGUGCCUCCCGCUCUCCCUGUUUAAAUCCCCCCACUGGGAAGGUCUUACCUAGAUCUCUUGCAGCACCGUAAUGGCAAGCAAGCUCACCCCCUUCUUGGCGUUCCUGGGCGGCCUCUUCCUCUUGUUUUUCCUGGGUUUGCCUCCUGCCUUCGGCCAGAACAGUACCAGCGAGUACCUCGAAAAGGAAGGCGUGUGCCCAGAGCUGCCGGAGAGAAAAGACUGCCGGGUGGAAUGUGUCUCCGACAUGGACUGUCCCUACAACCAGAAGUGCUGCUCAGCGGGCUGCUCGUCCUUCUGCAUAGUCCCCAAUGAAAAGAAGGGGACCUGCCCUCAGAUUGACAGCAGCAUCUCUCAGCUCGGUGUGUGCCAUGAUCAGUGUCAGGAGGACAACGAGUGUUCUGACCAGCUCAAAUGCUGCCUCAAUGGCUGCGGAAAAUUGUCCUGUGUCACACCUAUCUUCUGAGCUGGACAAACUCACAAGAGAAACCCUCUCUCUGACUGCUCUUCCAUCUUCCAGGCCCUGGGACCCCAUGCUGAAUCAGACUCCUCCCCCUCCACUGGACUUCAAGCUUCCUCUCUGGGGCUGACCACUCCUAGCCAGCCCAUCAAUAAAAAGAUUGGUUCCUGCACAAA